CUACCAACCAUCUCCCCCUACCCGUCUCCUCGCACGCCCUUUGAAUGCUCCCUCCCCACCCCUAUCUCCACCGCCCCUCCCUCCUCCUCAUCCCCUUUUAAAUCCCAACUCCCCCCCUUCCUAACCCUCCUCCAACUCUCAUCUCUUCCUCUUUUCUCCCUCAUUCUCCGUCUCUCUCAGACUCUCCAAGUUCUCAAAAGAUCUUCCUAGAAUGGCGCCAGCUAAUUCUUUCCAGCACAGCUCCAAGACCGUCUGCGUUAUGGACGCCUCGGGCCGCCUCGGCGUGUCGCUCGUCGAGAGGCUCCUACAAAGAGGAUACAACGUCCACGCCGCCACUUGCAAUAAUGGUGGUGAAGAAUUGCUUGGCUUGAAGGGGUUGUCGUGCGAUAACAAGCAGCUCAAGGUGUUCCGAACGGACCCCUUCGACUACCACAGCAUCGUCGACGCCAUGAAAGGAUGCGCCGGCCUUUUCUACUCGUUCGAGUCUCCCCAAGAUCAAUCUAACUACGAUGAAUUCAUGGUGGAGGUGGAGAUGAGAGCUGCCCACAAUGUAUUGGAAGCCUGUGCUCAAACAGAGACCAUAGAACGGGUGGUGUUCACAUCCUCUGUGACUGCAGUUGUAUGGAAAGAGAAUCGCAAAUUAGGUGCAGACUUUGAUGAGAGGGAUUGGAGCGAGCCUAAUUUCUGUCGAAAAUUCAAGCUGUGGCACGGACUGGCGAAGACGCUAGCGGAGAAGACGGCGUGGGCGCUGGCGAUGGACCGUGGGGUGGACAUGGUGUCGGUCAACGCUGGGCUGGUGGUGGGCCCGGGGACGUCGCUGGCCAGCCCCUACCUCAAGGGCGCCCCGGAGAUGUACGAGGACGGCGUCCUCGUCACCGUCGACGUCAACUUACUCGCCGACGCCCACCUCGCCGUCUUCGAGACCCCAUCCGCCUACGGCCGUUACCUCUGCUUCAACCGUGCCGUCUGUCGCCCCGACGACGCCGUCAAGCUCGCCCAGAUGCUCUCCCCCACCUCGCCUUGCCCUUCCCCAAGCGGUGACGAGUUGAGGGUGAUCCAGCAGCGGAUCCAGAACAAGAAGUUGAACAAGUUGAUGGUGGAAUUCGCCGCAGGGAGGCACGUGGACGGAUAGGAGCCGUAUACAAGAGUUGUGAUUACUAAUAGAUGGCCAUUUAAUAAUAGACGGGGACAUCACGUUAAUUGGUUAUUUUGUUACUAUUAUUAUUGAUGAUUAAAGAAAAGAAGGUAUGGUGCGGCAUAAGGUUGAUUUGAUUGGAUAAACGGUGCAUUCGAAAUGGCCAAAAAGAUGGCUGCCUGUAUAUAGUGGCGUGUGAGAAAGCUUGCGUCAAGCGGCGUCUUUGUUGAAGCAUGUUUUUUUUUUUUCUUUGAUAAGUAGUUGAAGCAUGUUUUUUCUCCAAAAAAAAAUAGACAUGAUUCUCGACGGAACACAUGAGAAUGGUUCGAAAUCUUUACCUUUAUGUCUUCUCUGUGUUCGAUCAUUGUCAUCUAUCAUAUGGCAACCAAAUGUAACCAAACUUGAUAAGAAACAAUUUGCAACUCGGAUAAUUAUUUU